AAGCUCCCGGAUAAGUAAUACGUUUUGACGGCCAAAGUAUGAAGAACGCGUUGCUGUUGUUUGUCACCGCUCUGGUUGUGAUUCAGUGCGUAAGUGGAGGUGACGACAACUCAGCAGAAUCUGCAAAGAAGAAGAAAAAGAAAGACAUCCGGGACUAUACAGAUGCAGAAAUGGAGGAGUUGUUUGCACAAUGGGAGAGUAACGAAGAGGACAAGGAUCCAGACGAUUAUGCAUGGAAGAAACCCAAACAACCCAACGUCAUGUUCGACCCUUCGAAGCCCAUCGACAAUGUUGAGGAUCUCCUCAAACAAUCAAAGAAAGGACAAGUUCUCAUGUUGUUCGUCCAAGUGGCAGGCGACGUGACCAAACCACAAGCAGAGAAGAUCACCGGCCGAUGGCAAUCGUCUCUAUUCAACGGAAACAUUCAAAUCCAGAGAUACAUGAUAGAUGACACAAAAGCCAUCUUUCUACUCGAAGACGGUAGUUUGGCUUGGGACGUAAAAGACUAUCUCAUUCAACAACCCGAGUGUCGAAGUGUGGAAAUCGAGCAAAAGACGUAUUGGGGCAAGGGGGCAACACAAGCAGAUAAAGAUGCAGAGGACAAGAAAAGUGACGAGGUAAAGAAAAAGGCGGCACAAACAGCUAUACCGAAGCCAACAGAAGAGAAACCAAAUGGGCAUGCGACGAGCGAAAAGAGGGCGGGGUCUAGUGGAAGUCAACGUAGCAAGGAUGAUCUAUAGUGAGGGAUGUGCUGUAUUGAGUGACUAGAACUGAGUGUGUAGCUGCAGUAGUUGGAACUUUUAUCUCUAGACAUAUUGUGUGGACGGACUUUCUUUCUUACGACAGGAAUGACACAGAACAGCGAUUAUGAUAUUGAA